AUGGCAACUGUUCUUUUCUCUCUUAUUCCUUCCCUUUUUUCGCUCUUCACCAUCUUCUACUUAAUAUCCGAUAACAGUUUUGUGCCUCCGACGAACAUUGGAUUUGACUCCGAGUAUGAUUACAUCAUUGUGGGUGGCGGUUCUGCCGGCGCCGUUAUUGCCAAUCGUCUGUCCGAAGACCCUAACAUCAAGGUCCUCCUUCUGGAAGCAGGUGGUAUUCCGAAGUUGAAAAGUGAAGUGCCCAUCUUGGCUGCUCAAUUGCAGAUGACCAGGAACGAUUGGAAGUACAAAACCGUACCCCAAAAAUACUCUUGUUUUGGCCUCAUUAACAGAGAACUACCCAUACCACGAGGGAAAGUUCUUGGCGGAUCCAGCGUACUGAAUUACAUGCUGUACAUCAGGGGCAAUCGCAGGGACUACAACAAGUGGGCUGACAAUGGAGCGUACGGGUGGAGCUGGGAUCAAGUGUUUCCGUAUUUCCUCAAGUCGGAGGACAAUAGGGAUCCAGAUAAAGUAAUCAAUGGUUACCAUGGCACUAAUGGUUAUUUGACUGUAUCAACUCCACCAUUUUCAACUCCUUUGGGUUAUGCUUUUGAGAAGGCCGCUAAAUACUUGGGGUACCCGAAAGUCGAUCUCAACGGUCCACGACAAACAGGUGCUUCCAUUCCUCAAGGAACAAUUCGAAGAGGAGCUCGAUGUAGCACGGCAAAGGCUUUUCUAUCUUCUGCUAGCAGUAGAAAAAAUUUAGACAUCCUUCUGAAAGCAUUUGUCACUAAGAUUAUAAUUGACAAAUACCGUAUUGCUCGUGGUGUUCUGUUCGACCGACUGGGACGCUCUUACAAAGUAACAGCCAGAAGAGAAGUCAUUGUUUCAGCGGGAACCAUUAAUUCUGCUCAGUUACUCAUGCUAUCGGGUAUUGGACCAAGAAAACAACUAAGCAGAUAUGGAAUACCGGUAGUGGCCGAUCUUCCUGUCGGAGAAAAUUUGCAAGAUCAUGUCGGAUCUGCUGGUAUUCAUUUUGUAAUGGAUGCGCCAGUUUCUUUGUUGCCAAAUCGAAUUUUGAAUGUUCGGAACUUUCUGGAUUUCAUCACCUCAGGGAAAGGUCCUAUGUCUAUUUUGGGUGGCUGCGAAGGCAUAGCGUUCGUCAACACCCCCCAUGCAAACAAAUCGGAGGACUGGCCUGACAUAGAAAUCCAUUUCAUCUCCAGUUCUCCUUCAUCGGACGAAGGCCAGUCAAUCAGGAAAGUCAUGGGUCUCAACGAUCAAGUAUUUAAUGCAGUGUAUGUGCCAUAUAUAGGAAGAGACUCCUUCACUAUGUACCCUGUGCUGUUACGACCAAAAAGCAGAGGAAGAAUUACUUUGCAGUCUUCUAGUCCGUACAUGCCUCCAAAAAUAGAUCCCAGCUAUUUCAAUCGUCCCGAAGACAUUAAAGUUCUAGUUGAAGGCAUGAAAUUGUGUAUCAAGCUUGGACUCAAGCCACCUUUCCUUAAAAUGGGGGCUCGGUUGUUCGGUACAACUUUCCCGGGUUGCGAAACGUACGCAUUGUGGAGCGAGCCCUACCUCGAAUGCGUUGCCCGCACCUACACUAUCACCAUAUAUCAUCCAGUAGGGACUUGUAAAAUGGGAAGUCCUUGGGACCCGACAGCUGUUGUGGACCCGCAUUUAAGGGUUAAAGGAAUUGGUAGUUUGAGGGUUGUGGAUGCUUCUGUCAUGCCUACUAUCGUAUCAGGGAACACCAAUGCUCCUGUCAUCAUGAUAGCCGAGAAGGCUUCCGAUCUCAUCAAAAUGGCCCGAUACUCGAAGGCGAACUCAUGA